CACCCUGAGACAUCAACCUCCAGCUGACUUCUGAAGGAGCUGCUUAGUUCUGACCCAAUUCAAGCGUGAAUCUAUCCACAGCUAUGUGUGAGGGGAAGAAUUGUAUAAGUGGUAAGAGGAAGACGUGGGAGCCCAAAGGCAGGAAAUAAUACCAAGACGUGCGAACGAGUGACUAAUGCUGGGCUGAUUGUGAACGCUUGCACUGUACUUAUUUCCUACCUUCUUCCCUGUUAGACAGGAGCAUCAGCAAAUCAUACUCCUCGCGUGUGGGUGAACAGAAGUAAGCUGGGAUUGCAUCUCUGUUAACACCUCCGCAGAUUCAGUGUGAAGCAGGGAGGGAGAAACACAGACAUGCAGACGGAAUGACUGGAAAGAGGAGGACAGAGGGGAGCGAAAGAGACAGAAGAUACGUUUGACCGUGUGGGUGUGUGAAGUAUCAAGGCAUGCAUCAUAAUUGUGGAUUCUUCUUGGAGCAGCUGGACAAGUCACUGCAUCAGCAGGACAUUGCUGGUCUUUCAAAGUGUGCCGUUUUGUACUUUCAGUGGGAGCCGUGAGCACAGAGAGCGACAUUUUCAGAGACAAAAUGGAAACCGGCUUGUUUUGCUGUCUCAAUGACUUCAUUCACUGGGAUUACAAAAAAAACAGUCUGACUGAAGUGAUGCUGGACGUACUGUAAGGAACAGUAUGAUGCCUCUGUUCUUUCAGUAAACAACGAAUCCACGUAUUUGAGAUGGCCGUCAGCCCUAUCAUCAUCAUCUGCCUCCUGUCACUGAUCGGCUAUGGCUCAUGCCACCCUCCUCCUCCUCCUCCUCCCCGGGGAUGCAGCGUGGAUGUGGACCCCCCUUACAGAGUGCUGUGCGACCUGGAGGCGGUCUGGGGUGUCGUCCUGGAGGCCGUGGCCUGCAGCGGCGGCGUCACCUCCCUGGUCCUCGCCGUGCUCCUGCUCGUCAAGCUCCGUUCCAUUUCAGACCCCGCCAGGCGCUCCGGCCUGGGGCCGCUCCUGCUGCUCCUGGGGACGCUCCUCGGGAUUUUCACCAUAUCUCUGGCCUUCCUGGUAGGGAAGAACCAGGCCCUCUGCGUGGUGCGCAGGGCCUUCUGGGGGCCCCUGUUCGCGCUCUGCUUCUCCAGCUUGCUGGUGCAGGGCGUGAGGCUCAGGAGGCUGGUGUCUGGGAAGAGCAGCCCAUCGGGCAGCACCCUCGCAGCUCUGGGUCUGGCCUUAGCUUUGGUUCAGGGGAUAAUCUCUGCCGAAUGGGUCCUUCUGACUGUAGUCAGGGAGGGGCACCCGGCCUGCGAAUACCCACCCUUAGAUUUCGCUCUGACAUGCAGCUACACUUUGGGGCUGCUCCUAAUAGCCAUGGGUCUUUCUUUGGGGGUGGUUCUGUGUGGAGGAGAGUUUGCAGCAGAGGGAGGAGGAAACAGUGAAGAAGAUAGAGAAACAGAGAACGAAAAACGAAGAUGGAAGUGUAACGCCGUCUGGCUCUUCCUGUCCAGUCUGGCCUCAGCAUUGCUCUGGGUGGCCUGGUUGGGCUUUUAUCUGUACGGCAGUCAGGCAUUAAGAGGGAAGGCGAAUCGAGAAAGGGGAGGAGGGAAGAAGGAUGCAAGAGUUCUGGAUGAGCCUGCUCUGGCUGUGGCUCUGGUCAUCCAAGGCUGGAUCCUGCUGCUGUUCCACGCCAUCCCCGAGGCUCACCUGUGUCUCCGGAAACCGCCGCAGUCCAACACACAGGAUUUCUUCGACACCAGCCACACGUCUCCUCCUCCACAUUUCGGGGAUGAGCUCCCCUCACACUCCCACCGACCCUUCGCAGAAAACCAGGCCUUUUCAAUGGAGGAGCACAGUGCAACUCUUCGAAGCGGGACGUACCACGGCAGCAGCCACGGGAACGUGCGGCCCGGCAUCGCCUUCAGAGGCCACGUCUACCAGCCUACUGAGAUGGCUUUGGUCAUGAACGGCGGCACAAUGCCCACAGCCCCGGUUAACUACACUGGGCGACGGUUAUGGUAAUGUGACCGAGACUAGAAGACGACUAAACUCCCGUCUCAUCUCCUGUGGCCUCAGAAGAAGGAAAUAUCACAAACACCACAUAUCAUUUCCAGUUCACUUCAUGAGAGAUAGUUUACUGUGUUUGUGCAAAUUUGUGUAAAUUUCACAUUAUGGAAUUCUGGGCUAAAUGGUCUUGAUUGCCUCUUAAUUUUUUGGCAUAAUGGAUGUGAAAUCACAUUAUAAGAACGAGACUGAUACAGCAUCCGUAGUUAUUCCAUAAUACUUACAGUGCAUUAUUCUGAUCAGUGCAUACAGUCUAUCUGUGACUUUUAAACCAAGUGAUAAAGGGGUGU